AUGGAAACCCGCCGACCGGAGACUCUGGGGGUCUCGAUCACCUUCUUCGUCAUUGCGAGCAUCUUCGUCGCCUUGCGGUUUAUCUCGCGCAUCUUCAUCGUGCGCCGGGUCGGGUUACACGAUUAUUUGAUGUUGGUCGCAUGGGUGAUCGACUUUGGCUUUUCAUUCUCGCUUUUCUACGCGACUCAGAAGGGGCUCGGCCUGCAUUCCCGCGACAUCCUGCCAGAGAACAAGGCCGCCCUCGGCAAAGCCAACUAUGCAUUCACCGUGCUUUAUAACCCGGCACUGAUGGCCGUCAAAACAUCCAUCCUUGUUUUCUACUUGACCUUGACCCGGAACCAAAAGGUCUUCCGAUGGGCAAACUACGUGACACUGGUGGUAGUCAACGCCGCAGGCUUCGCGCUGACCAUGGUCAACGUGUUUCAAUGUCGCCCUGUCUCCGCUGCGUUCGCCGUGCCUGUUCCUCCCGGCGCCCACUGUACCGAUAUUGUCACGCUCUACCUUUCCUCCUCCCCCGUGAAUAUCAUCACCGACCUGGCCAUUCUGUUUCUCCCAAUUCCCAUUCUCACGCAGAUGCGUCUUCCCUUCAAGCAAAAGGUGAUUCUAGUGGUCACGUUCAGCUUCGGUUUCUUCGUGGCGGUGGUGGACGUGAUUCGGAUCGCUUUUCUCCAACAAGCGGCCAUCUCGCGCUCAUUAGCUAUGCAGUCGAUUCGCCUCCAGAAUACGAGUCGUUCGGACUUUAGCUGGUAUGCCUCGCUUUCAUUCAUGUGGUCCGCGGUCGAGGUCAACGUCUCGAUCAUUUGCGGUUGCGUCCCAAGUCUCAAGCCACUUGUCGCGCGCCUCAUCCCGAAACUGAUCCGAGACACGGACGAUCCUCAUACCAGUCCUCACCACCACUACGCAACAGGAGACAGCCCAGUCGCGGUUCCACCUCCCGUUGUUAUACCAACCUCCGGCCCAUCUCCCGCCUUAUCACCAUCGGGCAGCAACGGAAGCAAGCCUUAUGGGACAGGGAGUGGGAGCACAACGGCCCGCAGGCAGAGCUCGAACCAGACGAACCAGACGAUGGGAAUCCUCGAUUUCCUGAGCGAGCCCGGAAAUGGCCCGCAGGACGCGGAAGCCAACACACACACUAGUACCUCCUACCCGCCCAAUAUCACCUUCUUUGAUUUCGUCAACAUGAAGAAGCCGGAGAGUAUGCUCAAGCUGAACAAUCGCGAGUCGAUUGCGCCUAUUGCGUUGACGACCCUCCUCUUCUUCCUGUGGGGCUUCGCAUAUGGCUUGCUCGAUACGCUGAAUGCGCAGUUCCAGACCAUUGUCCAGCUGGACAAAUGGCAUUCGCUUGGUCUUCAUGGCGCGUACUUUGGCGGGUAUCUCCUCGGCCCACUGCUGGUCGGCCGACCAGUCUUGAAGAUCUGGGGCUUCAAGUCCACUUUCAUCACAGGACUUUGCAUCUACGCCUGUGGAUCGCUCGUAUUCUGGCCAUCCGCUGUCCUAACAUCUACAGCGGCGUUCACGAUAUCCAAUUUCAUUGUCGGCUUCGGCCUUGCUGUUCUUGAAACGGCGGCCAACCCGUUCAUCGCGCUCUGUGGUCCGCUGGAGAAUUCCGAGAUUCGUCUCAAUAUAUCGCAGGGCGUGCAAGCCAUCGGCAGCGUCCUGUCCCCGCUCCUGGCUAAGAAAGUGCUGUUCAAGGGUGUCCAAGAUGUCGCGUCCCUAGUGGACGUGCAAUGGACAUACCUGGGAAUCGCUCUGUUCGAUGUGCUUCUCGCCGUCGCCUUUUAUUACCUUCCAGUCCCAGAGGCCUCGGAUGCCGAUCUCAAAGAACUGGCCGACCGCCGUCGCGACGACAACAUGACUAAGGUAGCCGGUAUCCCCGUAGUCUGGCUCACCCUCGCCCUGGGGAUCUGGUCCCAAUUCUUCUAUGUGGCUGGCCAAGAGGUCCUCUCCACCUCACUCCAGCCGUUCGUUCGAGCCGUCCACCCAGAUACCUCCCUGAGCCCUUUCGACUUUUUGACCAUCGGCCACAGUGUCUUCGCCGUGGGCCGGUUUAUCGCCGCCUUCGCACAGUGGUUCCUCAAGCCGCGCUGGAUUCUGAUGGUCUCCUACAUCGGCCUGAUUGUCUUCUCCGUGUUGUGCAUGAAAACCACUGGCUUAACAGGCGUUGUAAUGGUCAUGUUGGUCUACUUCUUCGAAAGCGGCGUCUUCAGCAUUAUCUUCGCCAUCUCACUGCGCGGCACUGCACAGCACACCAAGACGGCGGCCGCCAUGCUCACAAUGGCCAUUAGUGGCGGAACCUUCUUCCCCUUCGCUCAGUAUGCCGCCUACCUGGCCCAUGGCGAAUCGUACUCUUUCUGUGUCCUGGUCGCGCUAUUCGCGGCCGGCGCUAUCUUCCCGCUAUACCUCAACCUUGUCCCCGCCGUGAAGAAACAGGUCGACCCCGUGCCGAACGAGUACCUACGUCGUCACCAUCGUCACCAUCGGCGCCGAAAACGUGCCUCCGUCAAGACCAUGCAUCGCGAGAAGGAGAAUCCAUCUCAGGGAGGCGUUCUCUCGCGCCGGCGCAGUCUGGUGUUUGAUCCGGAUCUUCUGCCCGAUCUGCCAAUGCCGGGCGAGACACAUCAGAGCUCUACACCCCUCAGCAUCCGGAACUCGAACUGGAGCCCUAGCUCACCGAUGGACUCGCAAGCGUCCGGACACUCCGCCUCGAAGAGGGUUAGCAGACGGGACUCGUGA